CUCCGUGCCAGGGGCGGGCGCAGUCAGCUGACUCGCGACGACUCCCGCAGCGCCUCCGUCGAUGUCGCCUCCCGCCGUUACCGCUGCCGCCGUGAUCAUGGCCCCGUCAGCCGCGCCGCUUCGCCGCCGCCGCCGCCUCCUCCUCACCGCCGCCCUCGCGGCUCUCGUCCUUCUCGUGCAGGGCGCGGCGGCGGAGGCGCCGCCGCCGUCGGACGGCCUGCUGGUGCUGCGGGCGCCCGCGUACGUGUCGCUCGCCAAGGAGGAGGCGUCGCUGCCUGGGGACCGCGUCGGAGACCUCGUCUCACUGGCCAUGGGCUUCUCCGUGGAGCAGGAGCUCCCGUGGGGCGGCCUCGCAGCAGGCGAUGUGUUUCUCCGUCCCCGCGCCUUCCUGCUCCUCUCCCUGCUGGGGGCAGACGAGCGACUCCUGCCCAAGGCCAUCGCCUCUUACCGCGUCGCUCAUACGGUGCCGGUUGACUUGUCGUGGGUGAGCAGUUCGCUGGAGUCGUCCUUCGGGGAUGACUCGCUGAUGCUGGAGUACUCGCCCAUGCAUCAGUUCAUGUACGGCUUUGGGAAGGCAUUUUCUCAAAUCGCGCAGUGGGAAAAUCUGAGACCUCGCAACCUCAACACGGCCAUCGCUCCUGGGUCGUCCCUUAACGUCACCGUGCAGGAGGAUGCGGAGUUCCUGCUGGAGCUGCGCUUGCUGCACGAGUUUGCGAAGGCCGUAGCCUCUGCGAGCCCAGCCUCCCCGGCCGUAGUUGCCGUGGAGUUGGGGGGGCUGCUGGGAGUGGUGCGUCGUCAUGGCGAUGGGUCCGCUCAGGCGGAGGAGGCGAGGAGCAUGCUGGGACACGCCGUUGCCCAGUUUGCGGAGGACGUGGCCGGCGUGUGGGGAGGGGAGGUGGUGGUGGCGGCGCUUACGGUGGCCACCGCUCCGGAGCCGUCCCUGCGCAAGGGGCGCUCCGCGCUGCAGCUGCGGGAGACGCAGAGCAAGAUGGACAUGCAGAACCCCUACAACCUGGCGUACCGCUACAACUACAACUACGCCGUGGUCUUCAACAUCGUGCUGUGGCUCAUGCUGGCCAUGGCUCUCGCCAUCAUCGCCGUCUCCUACGGGAUGUGGAACAUGGACCCGGGCCGCGACAGCCUCAUCUACCGCAUGACCAACCAAAGGCUGAAGGCCGAUUAGACUCCCUCACCCUCCCACCCCCUGCUCCACCCAGGUGUCUAGUGAUGCCCCCCGUUCAUUAGCAACACACCCUCCCUUCUCGUAUUACCUCUGUCCCCCAUCCAUUCAUUCCGCUCCCAUCUAGUAUUGUCGCACACCUCUCACUGGUGCCACGUCCCCUGUGGCUCUGCUCCCUCUUGUUCCACCCCCCCCCCCCUGGGUACUGCCCCCUCCACACCUCUGCUACCACCUUGCUCAGCGCCCCCCCUCACUGGUGCUGCCCCCCUUCCUCUCCAUUGGCUGACGAUAUUACCAACCGACCGUCCGUUCAUCGGAUGGGCAAUCGCCGUGCAUUCCGGCAACCGUAAUCUUUUUUUCCGCGCUCUGAUGUAAAUUUUUAUUUUUUUAAUUUGUUUUUGCGCGGCGUCACUUCCUCUAAUAGCCAAUCAUUGUGAUGUCAUAUCCUGUGUCGUCGACACCCCCUCCCACCCGCCCCCCUACCUCCCCCACCACCCACACCGAGAGACUUUGUGUUUUGCGAGAUUUGCCGAGCGUCAGCCCCUUUGCCCCCCCUCGAUCCCUACUCUGGGUUUGUUGUUGUUGUGAUUCGUGAUCCGCACACAACGUCAUUUCGGUGUUUGUGUCGCCGGCCUUGUGUGGUUCCCGUCCUCUCUCUGAUCUUCAGAAACACUCCGUGCUUGCCGUGGGUAGUUGUGUGUUUGCUGUAGAUGCAAGUGGUGGCUGCGGCUUGUGCAUUCACUCGGCUUCACCCCACCCACUCGCCUCCCCCAGGUGAAUCGUCACCCACUUGCGGGGGUCACAAUUUGAUUAUCGUUGUUUCGUUUUUUACCGUCUCGGUUCUCUCUCGUUUCUAGUUUUGUUCCGUCUCGUUAUUCGCCCUCUCCUCCUCUUCUCCGUUAGCAUAAACGUAACAAUUUAAUUUGCAUUUCGAGAAGGCCUCAAUUGCCAUAGGCGAGGAUGCCACCACCACUCCUCGCUGCCGACGCGUUCCGCCGUCAGCCAGAUCCCGCAGCUGCCGCACGCUCAACGCGCGGCGACCUCCGCCAUCUAGACAUCUGUGGAAAAAAGAGCUUCAUAGCUCAUCAGAUUACUCCGGUAUAAAUAAAUAUUCUGAUCUGCUCAGUCGCUGGGCCCGUGGAGACGAUCGCUCCCACGCCCGUCUUGGCAAUCGGCCUUCUCCACCUGCACCCUGCACACGCGUCCCACCCAGCUAAACGAAAAUACAUCAAUCUCGUGAUGAGUUUAAUAAAGCGGCGUUCAUGCAAACUGCGUGCUCACAAUCGCCGGGUCGGGACUGCAGGCAAGCUGGAAGGCUGCCAGGUGGCGUGAGCCGGCGCCACCGACAAACAUCUGCUCUGCGGUUCUAUACGUGUUAAGAUGUUUUCAGCCAGUUAGCGAGUGUACAACGACGCUCCCCACCUGUCACUCCGGCGUCGCUCAUCCCAUCUUGCCACAACAUUCCCAGCGUCCGUCUCGAACACGCGCCGGCCCUUAAUGCCCCAUCGGCUUCUCUUGGGGCUGCGGAGGCAUAAAUCGUAACGGGGUUCUCGCACGCGCGACCACUCGGAUUACCGAUCAUUCGGCCUGUGAUUCGUUUUGCUUCCACGGUCAGGGAAAUUGUGAAAUUGAAAGGAGGAGCCUUGGAGGUGGCCGACUGGAUAGAUUGAGCACUUGUAACACGUGCGGUAUUGUCAUGUGCUGAAGGGCUUCCGAAUUGUGCACAGCUCUGCAUUGGCCGUGGGGAGAAUGGAGCAUUGGGCCUAAACUGGAAUAUGGCUGACUUUGGUAUAAUAUAUUAUUUUUGCUUUAUAAUUCACAUUUUAACAGGUUUUUUUGUUAAAUUAAUAUAUUUAAAAAUCGUAUAAAUGUCGCCUGUUUUAUGUAAAUGAUAUGCUAAUGAACCAUUUCAUGCGAAACGGGUGCGAACAAAACUACAACAUGGGAGCUAAAAAAUAAUCCCAGAAACCGUGCAAACGAGACUAAGCAAAUCGCACCCCUGGAUCGUCACGAUCGUCGUGGUGUAAUGCCCGGAGUGCGCAGUCCUCUCCCCCCCCCUCGUCUCGGAUGCUACUGAUGAUGUGUUAUUCACGUACACACUGAGCAAAAUCAUAAUUAUAAUAAAGUGUUUAACCCUCGCGGGUCCGA